UUUCCCCCCAUUCAGAAUUUGAUCUUUCCAUCAAUAACUGGAAUUCCAACUCCCUUACGAAACACCUGACAAGAGAUGCACUUUAUCUUGUCUCUGAUCCUCUAUGUUGAAGGAAAAAAGACCCCAACUAUCAAAAAGAUAUCAGACUCCAGUAAAUCAGGUGUUUAAAUGUAUAAUCAGCAAACUAAUUAUGAAAUACAGCAGUAGUAGGCAGAGAGAAAACAGAGAGACUCCAGCUGACACCUUUCCUUCUCUGCAUGGGUGGACACGGGAGGGUCAUGUCACCCUUGUAAUAUUAGAUAUAUCCUUCCCUCAGCCACAUCUUCCUUUCCCACCUCAUUCUGUGAACUGAUCAAGGAUCCACCUGCUUUCUUUUUCAAGAAAAAACAUGAAAGCUGGAAUCGAGUUUUCUUGGAAGCAAUGCACCUUCAUUGUCAGUAACAGGCAAAUGAGUAGUGGAGUGACAGAAGGAGUCACUCAAAAGCUCAGAUGAGGCUGUAGCAUCCCACCUGGAAAUGGGAACCUUUCUGCCAGGGUGGUGAUGGAUCUUCAGAUUCGCUCUGUGAGAGAGAAAAUCUAAUUUCUAGUAGCUGAAGCUCAGGUAUGAUGCAAGACCACUUCUAUUCACCCAGAGAUGACCGCCUCUAUAGAAACUGUCAGCAGAGGUCCCUAUGGUCUGCUGAAACCUGGAUCUUCCAUUUUAUUUCAAGGAUAUGAAGAUGGGCAUAAAUUGUCUCAUCAAGUCCUUCAUUGGCUUCCAAGAGAUGACCAUGAGCCCAUCCCUUCCACAGCCACCAACAAAGGAUGUGCACUGUGGUCACUGAGAGUGUACACAACCCCCUUCCCAGCUCCCAGGGACAGCCAGGGCACUGCUCCACUUCUCCCCAGGGUACCACAGAGCUCUCAAGGUUCUUACAGAAGCCAACAGACAUGGUGUAGGAGACUGGAGGAAAGGGUGAGCCCCAUGGGAAAUAUGGAAGCACAGGGGCAUCUGGGGAAGGCCUCAGAGGACCAGAGCAGAUCCAAGGACAGUGACAGGGAUGCUGAGGCUGAGCUCCCUGCCUGGGAUUGGGAAGCAGCUGAGAGCAAGUUGGAUCCUAAGUUUGGAAACAAUAACAACUACAUGAACAUGGCUGAGGCAAAUAAUGCAUUUCUUGCUGCAAAUGAGACGUUCCAUACGCCGAGCCUUGGGGACGAGGAGUUUGAAAUCCCACCCAUUACCCCCCCGCCUGAGUCAGACCCUGCACUGGGGAUGGCAGAUAUACUGCUGCCCUUUCAGGGCCUUGGUGACCAGCUGCCUGCACAAGGAAAUGAAUUUACACCUCAGUUCCCCCCCCAGAGCUUGGAUCUUCCCUCUAUUACAAUAUCCCGAAAUCUCGUGGAGCAAGACGGUGUCAUCCACAGCAAUGGAUUGCAUAUGGAUCAGAGUCACACACAAGUUUCCCAGUACCGCCAGGAUCACUCUCUGAUUAUGAGAUCUAUUGUCCAUAUGACUGAUUCUGCUCAUUCCGGAGUUAUGCCUCCGUCUCAGCUCACCACCAUUAACCAGUCUCAGCUCAGUGCACAGCUGGGGCUAAAUUUAGGAGGCACUAAUUUGCCACACACUUCUCCCUCCCCUCCUGCAAGUAAAUCAGCCACUCCUUCCCCAUCCAGCUCUAUCAAUGAAGAAGAUGCAGAUGAAUCAAAUAGAGCUACUGGAGAAAAAAGAGCUGCCCCAGAUUCUGGCAAAAAGCCCAAGACUCCAAAGAAGAAGAAAAAGAAAGACCCCAAUGAGCCACAAAAGCCAGUGUCAGCAUAUGCCCUUUUCUUCAGGGAUACACAAGCUGCAAUUAAAGGGCAGAACCCGAAUGCUACAUUUGGAGAUGUUUCAAAAAUAGUGGCAUCUAUGUGGGACAGUUUAGGAGAAGAACAAAAACAGGUAUAUAAAAGAAAAACUGAAGCUGCCAAAAAAGAGUACCUAAAGGCACUUGCUGCCUAUAGAGCAAGCCUUGUUUCUAAGGCUGCUGCAGAAUCUGCUGAGGCCCAGACAAUUCGUUCUGUUCAGCAAACGCUGGCAUCCACAAAUUUGUCUUCCUCCCUUAUUCUGAAUACUUCUCUUUCUCAACACGCGACGGUAUCGGUGUCUCCUCAAACUCUUCAACAGCCCCUUCCUAGAGCAAUUGCUCCAAAACCCUUGACCAUGAGACUGCCAAUGAACCAGAUUGUAGCUUCUGUUACCGUUGCACCAAACAUGCCAACAAACAUUGCAGCUCCCCUGAUGAGCUCUAUGGGAACAAACAUGGUGGCAACGCCGUCCUCAUCUCAAGUCAGUCCCUCGAUGCAAAGCCAGCAGCAACAUUUACAGCAGCUCCAGCAGCAACAGAUGCAGCACAUGCAGCAGCAGCAACUACAUCAGCAUCAAAUGCAUCAGCAAAUACAACAGCAAAUGCAGCAGCAGCAUUUUCAGCACCACAUGCAGCAACAUUUGCAGCAGCAGCAGCAUCUUCAGCAGCAGAUUAAUCAACAGCAAAUGCAACAGCAGCUGCAGCACAUACAGCUUCAGCAAAUGCAGCAGCAGCAAAUGCAGCAUAUGCAACACCAGUCGCAGCCUUCUCCUCAGCAGCACUCUCCCGGAGCCUCGCAGAUCACUUCUCCCAUCCCGGCCAUUGGGAGCCCUCAGCCAGCACCUCAGCAGCACCAGUCACAAAUACAAUCUCAGACACAGACUCAAGUAUUAUCGCAGGUCAGUAUUUUCUGAAGAUAAAUGGUCUUGCAACAUGGCUUUGUGUUGAUGGAGGGGGUAGGGGUAAACCAUAUUUGGCUGAAAACUGUAAAUUGUUGAUGGUAGUUAUGCAGGGAUGCAUAACAGAUCAAAUGAUCCUCUAAAGUGUCUAUUAGAUAGGCAAUAAAGAACUACAAUGUAGCUGUGUAUCAUCUUUUAGCUGACUAUAAAUCAUUUUGUUUAAAAAAGAAAAGCUGUUUUUCAUGUGAUGCCUUUUUAAUUUAUUUAAGCUUUACCUACAAUAUGUGAAUCAACUGGCCUAAUAAAUACCUGGACCUUAUGACUGCAAAAUGGCCUUUCAGAGUUAUAUGCUAUAACCCUUGUUUCUCUAAAAGUGAAUAAUGCACUUCAAGGCAGUAUGAACUCAUGAAGCCCUUAAAGCACAGUUGUAACUACCUGUAAAAUGAUGAUUGGAUUUCAUACAAUCGUACUUGUAUGACAUGAGUUAGUUGAUGGCAUUUUUUGUCAUGAAAAAAUAGAGUAAAUCACAGAUUUUUGCCAAAGCUCUUAAUUUUUUUCUCUUCUAAAUGUCUUCAGAACAACAGAUGCAAGUAAGUGGACUUAAAUGUUUGACCCAACCUUUCACUUCAUUUCUCCAAAUAAACCUGCCAUAGUUUGUAAGAAAAUAUAUAUUGACAUUUACCCUCUUAUGUUAAUUGAAUUACAGAACAAAUGUGAAUAUUAUAUUCUGUGUCGAAGUGAUGAGUUUCAGAUUUAAUACACUGUAUUUUUAAAAGGGAAAUGCACUUAAAUAAAACUGUUAUUUCAGAAAGCUAAGACAAGAAAUGCAAGAGUUAUUAAUACGCUGUAAAACCAGUAGAAUAUUUAAAUGAAACUCCACAACCGAAUAAUCAAUGUAAAUAUUUUCUUUAAAAGUUGUAAGUUUUCAUAUCAUGUGUUGUAAAGUUUUCAUAAAUGAGGCUUUAAUGUAAACACUGGUAACAUGAUUUAUUAAUUGCUACAUUGCUUAUUGUGUUUUUAUGCUGUUUUAUACUUUUUUAUGAGUUAUGAUAGCAGCAAUUAAGUUGUUUGUAUUUUGCUUAUCUAAAAUAAAUGCUUUUAUCUUGCUAUAGAAUAAACACAUUUCAGUAAAA